AUGGUCUUCAUGCUGCUCGCCAUGAUGUGGGUGUGGCUGCUUCUCCCUUACAUUUUUCGCUUCAGGGUCGCCGUCGACGAUGUCUACGUCGAGCAGGCGGCAGGCCGGAAGCGCAUCUUGAUCCGCACACGAGGACAUCACUGGCUGUCAGGGCCGAACUUUUCAAGGUGCCGCGGGCGCUCCAGGAAGAUCGUUUCUCUAGACCGCGUUGACAGCACGGCAACGACAGUAAGCGGCAAGAGCCAGGCAUCCAUAACCAUCGAGAAUGCCAUGCACGUCUCGGUUUCGCAAACUGCGAAGGUCCCUGUGCAGUUUCGCAACACGCACCAUCCCUUCCUGGGCACGAGCAGCGCCAGCGAGGAGUCUUGGUCCAUGAAUUCAGCUGCCGCGCUGGCAUCGCAAGUUGCCCAAAACUUGGUGGAGCAGGUGGUGUCCCCGUUCCAAGGCCACGACGCCGACGCCACAAGAUCUUCAAAGAACUUCGUCCAGCCGUUGACAUCUCGGCAUCUGCUACUUCUCACCGGGAAGGGCGUCCCAGAGGAGCGGGUGAUCGAGACCUCGCGUGGCAGUCUUAGCGUGGCAUUCCCACUGACCCUCAUCCGCGUCGCCCCUCUCCACGUGCCGCUGAUUGGGUGGCUUGUGGUUGCCGUGCUGGUCGCCACCGUGCCCGCCGCUGCGACUGGUCUGGAAGCACGUUUUGUCGCAGGAUGCGGUGGCGCCAGCCUGGUCCUGGCCCUCAUCAUCGCAGGGAUCGCUUGGCAGCUCACCCCGUCCACGCUGCGAGCGUACAAGCUGCAGGAGCACGAGAAGGAGCUUCAGAGGGCAAACCCCGAGCCAAGCUCUUGCCCCCGCGGCCCUGGCCGUGCGGUGCGUGCGGGCCAACUGUGGAAGUUUUACGCCACCUUCGAGCCCUUGAUCCGUCAGCAUCGGACGAUGUACUACGUGGUCUCCAACCUCAUCAUGCCGCUGACGAGGAGUCGGCGACUCUCAUACGCUGAGCUUGCAGGUCCCCACAAGGUCGCCUGGUUCGUUUCCCACUUUUGGGGCACGUCCUUCCGCCAUUUUGUCUUCAGCAUCCGGAAGCAUGCGGAAAGCGUGGCGGUGGUGAGCAAUCACGCUGACCCCUGGGCCGACCGCACAUACUGGAUUUGCAGCUUCAGCAACAACCAGUGGAAUGUGGCGGAGGAGGUGGGGCAAAGCUGGGAGGAGUCGUCCUUCUACUUGGCCUUGACUUGUGGCUACUGCAGUGGAACUGCCAUGAUCCUUGACGACGAAGCGAUGCCGUUGACACGCGCGUGGUGCCUGUUCGAGGUGCUUCAGACAAAGGAGAUCAAGGAUCACCAGAACACCUUCCAAGGACUGUGGCUCUGCACUGCCACGGGUGUCUUGCACAAGGGCAAGGCGGGCGUUGACGUCGCCAUGCGCAUCGCCGAGCGCCUCGCAACACUGAAGCUGGAGGAUGCCACGGCCUCCGUGCAGAAGGAUAAGGACAUGAUUGACGAUCUCGUCUCCCAGAUGCCCGGUGGAUUCAACGCCAUGAACACAUUUGUCAAGCACAACAUUGCCGAGGCACUGCUUCGCAUGCAGGAGGCAUUUUCGAGUGACUUUCAAAAGCUGAUGGGCUCGCUCGGCCACGAGAAGCUGAAAGGCUUCCCUGGUCCUGGUCCGGAAGAAGGCACAGCGCUGGCAGAGGCGUCGCAGCCUUCAAAGGGAAGAGGGACGGAGGAGGAGGAGGAAGAGGACGAGGAGGCCGUGGAUCUGUCACUCAAUGGCAGUCGGUCAGCGGAACCGACACCCACGCCAUGA